CCGACUUCGGCGGCACCGGCUUUGCCUCCUGGCUCAGUUAGUGUGACGUCAUCGGGCCUGUGGCCUAUCACGGAAGCCCUGUUUCUAGCAGCCGAUGGGAAGUUUGAGCCUGCGGAGCGGUUGACAUAGAAACCAGAGGACGCAGAUCGCGGAGUUGCGGAGGAGCGAUGGAGGAUGAAGAGGAGGUCGAGGAACCAAAAGCAAAGCCGGAGGUGAAGAUGACGACGAUCAUUUUGGGACUCUUCCCCACUGCUGUCACCGAAGAAAAACUUCACGAAGCCCGGGAAAAAUCCAUCACUCGUAUUUUUGGGCCUGCGAAGACUUUGCUGAAGGUUAAAAACCCCGAAAAAGUAGGGGAUUUUGAAGGCAUUUUGCAGAAGAAAAUAGAGGAGCACUGCCAAGAAGGUCACACAUACUUCUCCCAAGGGGAAUGGGAGAAAGCCAUCACUUGCUACACCAAAGCUCUGAAUCUGGAUCCUAACAAGGGCGAACUGUACGAGAAGAAAGCAGAAGCUUUUGUCCAGCUCUGCGACUUCCAGUCCGCUGCAGUGCACCUUCGGAAGGUCUAUUGUAUGACACCAAGGGAGGAUAUCCAAGCACGCCUGGCCUUCAUUUUAUACGUACAGGGCCAGUCUCUGUACGAGCAAAAGGUUUACCUGGACGCCCUCGAGUCCUUCACUCAUGCCUGCGAACUCCAGCCUCAGAACACACUUUAUCACAUGAGGAGCAUCGCCUGCCUGGCUGCGAUGAACCGAUUCAACGAUUGCCUUCAGAUGGUCAACGAAGAGGUUGAACGUGAGAAGAAGAACGCAGAUCUCUUUGUCCUGAGGGCUCGUCUCUAUGAAUACUUUGGGAAGGCUAGCCCCUGUUUCUGCAACAUCCAAGAGGCCCUCAGGCUGGACCCGGAGCACGUCGAGGCCCAGCUCUUGUUGGCGAAGCUGACGCAGGAAGCGGAGAGGUCCAAGGAUUGCGCCGUGACCUUGGCAGUCGGGUCAAACCUGAAAGCUGCUUUGCUGAAAAUCAACCGGGCCAUCGAUUACAAUCCCUUGGAUGCCAAGUACUUCCUCUUCAGAGGGAGCCUCCUGCGCAGGCUGAAAGACUUCAGUGCAGCCAUCGAUGACUACCUGAAAGCCGUGGAGCUGUGCCAAACCGAGGAAGCCGAUGAGGUGCGUCGGGAGGCCGAGAAGCAGGUGCUCCUGACCUACAAUGACUUUGCCGUCCACUGUUACCUCAAGGGCUGCUACGAAGAGGCGGUGCUGCUGCUGAACAAAGCCAUCAAAGGGGAGAAAAACGAGUGGGGUCUCUAUGUUAAUCGAGGGGACUGUUUUCUGAAACUGGGCCAGCUGAAUUUCGCUAUGGCAGAUUACGAACAGGCGUUAGAGCUGCGUCCUUUGGACCACAAACUGCGACAGCGCAUCGCUUGGUUAUACGACGAGGCUGGAUUGCAAGACUUCCGACACAAGCAGUACCUGCAGGCUGAAUCGAAUUUCUCUUCUGCCGUGGAGAACAAUCCUCGGGAAAUAAAGUAUUACCUGCACCGGGCGAAGAGUCGCAUGUUUCUGCAGGAGGUCUUGGGGGCCAAAGAAGACAUUAUCUGCGCCUUGCUGCUGGAUCCCACCAGGGACGAGGCCCAGACACUAACAUGCAACCUGUUUCCGGGGGAGAGCAUCGACUCACUCCUCAACAGCAAAGCUGGAGAUUUCGCCAAGAGCCUUCUGGACCAAAAGCUCAAAGCUUUCCCUGCCUACGAGGCCUUGCAGAGGCCUCUGAAACCGGCAGGAUCCGAAUCACCGAGCGACGUGUACGUUCAGAUUGAAGACCUACCGAAGGCAGAGGCGAAGGCAGAGGCGGCAACAGCAAAGGAGGAGGAAGAGGUUUCCGAAGAAAAGAAGCUGCAGAGGAGACUCGCUGACUGUCAGCAGAAGUCGAACCAGGCAGACCAAGAGCUGAAGGAAGCCCUCAAAAAGAAGCCGACGCUGGUGUCCAACACCGCCCGGGUGGACCCGUGCCCUUGCCUGCCCCCCAAGGAAUGCCCCAACGAGCCGUACUGCUGGAGAAAGUUCCGUGAAGGCAUCGGUCAUUUUUAGGCCUGUCCGAAGCAUCACCGCGGGACGGAAGGCUGUCCGCUUUUCUCCCAGACACGUUCUGCUUUUCUAGUGAGUAAAAAAAAUAGGAUUCAUCCUGCCAAACAGCUUGUCGUCCCUUCUCGCACAGCAUGCAUCUCGGACUGUUUAAAAUAACCCAAGAUCUGGGGUUGUUUUGCCAGAUUUCGCUUGGCUGAAGACGUUGCUUCUUUAACGUGGAAGGCUCCAAAACUUUGGAAACGGUGGGAUGAUGCCAUCCCCCCCUUGGGGGCUCUGGGUGACUUGGGGCAGGCCCACAGGGUAAAAGGUUCUGAGUGGGGCCGUCGGAACUAGCCCCAGGACAAACCUUUUCCCCGGUCGCUUCUUGCAUUUGCUAAGACCCUCAAAGAACGGGCAGAAAUCUCCAAGCGGAAACUUACUACUUGGAGU